GCAUUCCGUGACAGUCGUGCGCGCGGCGAGUGUGACAGGCCGGGGUAUCACAUCGUGUCGCUCCCACUGCGCGUGUGCAACGGAGCUCAGUUCGCGGUCGCUUCUCCGCCACAACCGUUAAUCUGCAGGCAAGAUGUUCAUGAUGGAAGACCCAAGUGGCGGAAGGGAGUCUUUGGUGCUAAUUAUGGGCGAGGACGUCAUGCACACGCUCCUCCGGCUGGUCAUGGCGUGGGUGUUCCUCCUCCCGUGGACAACAGCGGCUUCUGCUCUGGUCUUCGUGGGCGUGUGGGCGGGGAAGAGGCUCACGGCGGCGCGGUGUACGUCGACGCGCAGAAUGGACGGCAAGACGGUGGUGAUCACGGGCGGAGAGUCUGGUCUUGGGAAGGAGGUAGCGAAGGACCUCGUGAGGCGUGGCGCGGACGUCAUCAUCGCAGGAAUAGACAAGAUAAAGGCCUUCGAGACGAGAGACGAGCUGGCAGGUAAAGAAGGGAGUUUGGAAACGGCGUAUCUGGAUCUCUCCAAGAUGGCGUCCGUCAGGCAAUUCGCCAAAAAUAUGGAGGGACGAAAGAUAGAUGUGCUCUUAAACAAUGCUGGCGUUGCUGACGUGCCCCACAGACUCACAAACGAAGGUCUUGAGUUCUCAGUCGCGACCAACCACUUGGGACACUUCCUGCUGACGCAUCUCCUUAUGCCCGGACUGAAGAAGGCCCGUGGGAAGGUGGUUACCGUGUCAUCCAUCUGCCACAAGCGCGUCAAGAAUGUGGAUGACCUUGACCUGAAGGGCGACCUCAAGUUCUGCUACGAGCGGGAGUUCGGCAUGUUGGAGAUAUACGGGGCUACCAAGGCCAUGAAUAUUUUGUUUUCUUCGGAACUCUCUCGGAAGUUGAGCGGCACAGGUGUAACUUCUAACUGUUUGAAUCCUGGGUCAUCGAAAACAGAUAUAUUUAAAAACCUGACGAACAGCCACUGGUACGGUCCUUUCAUCAAGUUAUACGUCAUGGCGUAUGCAAAGACAAUCACAGAGGGAGCUCAGACGUCCAUCCAUGCUAUUGUUUCCGAAGAGGUCGAUGGGGUUUCAGGAAAAUAUUUCGAGGACUGUAAGGAAAUGGAGCCGUCAGAGUUAGUGCAAGAUAAGGGUGUUGCCCGAAGACUUUGGGAAACGAGCGAGCGACUUGUUCAGCUGCAACCCCACGAAAGGACAAUUUAGAUUUAUAAAUGCAUUAUCUGUCUCCGAGGAAGAUAAAUUAAUAAAGUAGAGCAGUGGCGUGUAUUUUUAAUGAUUGUUAGAGGUCAUUAAUUGUACGGAUAAUAAAGUGAAUACAUAGUGAAA